UAAGGGGAGGCUGACAGGAAAACGCAAUGGCUCUUGAGGUCAGGGCAGAGCCUGGUAUAAAUGUAUUGUAACAGACAACACCAUUACUGUCUACAAGAGCUCACCUCUACAGGGACACUAUGAGCACUUCUGUGGCCGUGUACAGGAAUAUUUACACGGAGGACCGCUUCAAACAGGCCUACGGCACCGAUGAUAACACGAGUGGAAGUUUGCGGCUGCGGGAGAAGAUCACCGGGCGGUGCAGGUGUUCAAAGCGAGCAUGCCUCCACCUGUUGAAGGAAAGAGUCCCCAUUUUCAGCUGGCUGCCGAGGUACAGACUCAAGAAAUGGAUUUUAGGAGACACGAUAGCGGGACUGACAGUUGGUAUACUUCACAUUCCGCAAGGCAUGGCCUUUGCUUUACUAACUUCUGUAGCUCCAAUAUUUGGCCUGUACACCUCCUUCUUCCCCGUGGUCCUCUAUAUGUUUUUUGGAACAGGUCGUCAUGUGUCCACAGGUACCUUUGCAGUGGUGAGUCUGAUGACUGGCUCUGUGGUGGAGCAGCUGGUUCCUUCUCCUCUGGACAUGAACUCCAGUUCCCCUGAAGCUGCAGAGUUCGAGGGCCAGAGGAUCGGAGUGGCCUCGGCUGUGGCACUGCUCUCAGGAAUUAUUAUGCUCUGUAUGUGUGGCCUUCAGCUGGGAUUCCUCUCCACCUAUCUGUCCGAGCCAAUAGUGAAGGCUUUCACCAGCGCUGCUGCCUUCCAUGUGACCAUCUCGCAGCUGCAAAACAUGCUGGGGCUGCGACUCCCUCGCCACACUGGAACAUUCUCGCUCUUCAAGACUUUAGCGUCAGUGAUGGAAAAUCUCCCUCACACCAACAUGGCGGAGCUGCUUAUCUCCUUGGUGUGUUUGGCCGUCCUGGUGCCAGUUAAAGAGAUCAACAUGCGCUACCGGCAGCGCCUGCGGACACCUAUACCUGUGGAGAUCCUCACUGUGAUCAUUGCUACAGGUGUAGCAUAUGCCUCUUCGCUGGACUCUACUUAUGACAUUGAGAUCGUUGGCCACAUCCCAGCUGGAUUCCCAAGCCCACGGAUGCCAUCCUUGCACACUUUCCCUGACAUUGCAGGAGACACAAUAGCCAUCACGUUUGUUGGUUACGCUGUGUCAGUCUCACUGGCCAUGAUCUAUGCAGACAAACAUGGUUACUCCAUACACCCCAACCAGGAGCUCCUGGCUCAUGGUGUCUCCAACACAGUGUCGUCUUUUUUCACCUGCUUCCCCAGCUCAGCCACGUUAGCCACCACUAACAUUCUGGAGAGUGCUGGUGGAUUCACACAGCUCUCCGGCUUGUUCACCAGUCUGGUUGUUCUGAUCGUCCUGCUACUGAUUGGACCACUGUUCUACUUCCUACCCAAGGCAGUGCUGGCAUGCAUCAAUGUGACCAGCCUCAGGCAGAUGUUCCUGCAGUUCCAGGACUUACCUGAGCUGUGGAGAGUCAGCAAGAUGGACUUUAUGGUUUGGGUUGUAACCUGGCUGUCUGUAGUGAUACUGAAUGUGGACCUCGGCCUCGCCAUCGGGGUAGUUUUCUCUAUGAUGACUGUCAUCUGCCGCACACAGAGGGCUGGUUGUUCUGUGCUUGGUCGGGCCAGCAACACAGAAAUUUACAGACCGGUGGAGAAUCACAGCAAGUGCUAUGAGGUUCCAGGAGUAAAAAUCCUGACUUACAACGGGCCCAUUUACUAUGGCAACCGCAGCUUCUUCAGAGAGGAGAUAAGCAGGCUGCUGGGCCUGACGCCAGAGAAGAUCCGCAGCCGGGAGAAGGCCAGGAAAGCCCUGGAGAAACGGGAGAGAGAGGCCACUGUCAACACUGUGGAGAGCUGCAUUGCAAACACAUCCUUUUCUUCAGAAAACGAGUUCUUUAAAUCUGAAACCUCUGAGAGCGAUGUUCAGGCAGUACUAAUCGAUUGCAGCAGUGUGAUUUUUGUUGAUGUUGCUGGAGCACGACUCUUUACCCAGAUGUGCACUGAAUGCCAGAAAGUUGGAGUCCACGUUUAUCUUGCAAACUGCAAUGAAAGCGUCUUAAAGAUCCUCACAUCGAGUGGUCUAAUGAACUUCAUGAGCCCUCAGCACAUCUUUGUCACAGUUCACGAUGCUGUGAUGUAUAUUCAGCAGCAGAAGGAAAAACCUCAGGAAAACAGCACCACUGUGUGGGUAUGAAGCAGGAGGGCAGACGAGUCAUCAGACGAGGUGUGUGGGACUAAAACAGGAAGAGGACUUCAGGUUGUUACUUAAUCAGACUUUCUGUCUCUCGGCUCUCAGUUUUUGGCCCAGACUCUACUGUACAGCAGUGUUUCAAAGAAGCAGUAGCCUGUUGUAGCACCAUGUUAUGCAUAACAAUACAUUACUUCACAGUGUUACCAGUCGUUUCAAAGUUGUUGGCCUUAUUUCAGGCGAGGUUGCAAAGGGCUUCAUUCAAGUACACAAACUAAACUUUGAUUUGGUUAAAAAAAAGUGUCAAACAAAAUGAAAAGUUCUGUCUAUAAAGCUGUAAAUGACAGACAUGAAUUAUAUUGUUUAUGAAUUGUUCUGAUCCUUCUUGUCAUAUAUGCUGGAACAUUACCAUAGUCAUAUUUAUUUAGUUUCUGUUUGUUGUUUGAAAAACAGAUACAUUUAAGGUGCACUGAAUAGUUUGAUCAAAUACUGUGUAUAUUUAUAUCUUUUUGAAACAUGUGCUUAUCAUAUAUCUCUAGAUUAAAUGUCAUCAAACUCUGUUUUGUAUAUAUACAUGUUGAUUUGAAAUCCAGAGAGAGCACAAACUGUUUUAUAUUUGUCAGUAACUGUGUCGUACAGCGGCUGUUUGGACAAUAAAUGUGUCUCCAGAAACAAAACGUCCCAAUGAAUAAAGGUUAUUUUCAUGAAAUGGCAUAGACAA